AUGGCACCCCCUUUCCGAGCUGAGCAAAUUGGCUCUCUCAUGCGCCCACAAGAGCUUCUAGACGCACGUUCAGCUGCCGGUGCAACAACCACGUACGCUCAUCUCUCAGAGGAACUACACCGUGCAACAGAGGUAGCUAUUGCACAGGCUGUCACCAAGCAAAUCGAGCUCGGGAUAAGACCGAUUACAUCGGGGGAAUAUGAGCGCGACAAGUUUUACUCCGGAUUCUUUGAGAAACUUGCUGGAAUGCAGGUUAUCAAUGAUAUUCCGGUCGGCAAUGGAUUUAGAACGGGCUUUCCUACGGUCAAGACAUUGGAGAAGCUUGGUGUGAAAACACGGGACUCUCUCAUUGCCGUGGACAAGAUAAAUCAUGUGGAGAGUGCUUAUCUGUCUGAGUGGAAGGCCUUGAGUGCUCUUCUUCCGCCCGCGAGGUGGCGGGAGUGUAAAUUGACUAUGCCGCCUAUUACCCAUCUUCAUAUGCAGAUGGCCGUCGGUACUGCCUACAGCGCAAGCGCAUACACCUCUGACGAGGAAUACUUCCAAGAUCUAGGAGCCGCCUACGCAGUCGAGUGGCGUAUCUUGUACGAGGCAGGUCUUCGCUCGAUCCAGAUAGAUGAUCCAAAUCUCCUAUUCUUUGUUUCCGAAGAAUUUAGAUCUGGAUGCGAGGUCGAUGGAGUCGACCCAGACGCCUUACUAGACCAGUAUAUCUGGGCGCAUAACCUCUGCCUCGCUUCAAAGCCGACAGACCUCCACGUGGGAAUGCAUCUCUGUCGCGGUAACAUGGCUGGAUCGAACCACAUCAUUAGUGGUUCAUAUGAACGCAUCGCCAAGAGGAUAUUCAGCAAACUCAACUACGAUACUUACUAUCUCGAGUAUGAUACUGAGCGGGCGGGUGACUUUGAACCACUUCGACAUUUGCCCAUUGGGAAGAACGUCGUGCUUGGCGUGAUUUCGACCAAAAGCCCUGAGUUGGAAGACAUUGAGGAAAUGGUUGCGCGUGUUUAUGCUGCUGCUGAGAUCAUAGCUCGCGGACAGAGUCGCACUGUGGCUGAUGUUCUUGAUUCUUCGCUUGGUGUUAGUCCGCAGUGUGGAUUUGCUAGUAUGAGCAAAGGGGGUGGGGAAGGGAUGACAAUGUUUUUAAUGUGGAAGAAGUUGGUACUGAUGAAGGACUUGGCUCAUCGCAUCUGGGGUGAGAACCAGGGUGCCUGA